AUGGAAAUGGUGGAGGCGGACGCGGCGGCGGCGGCAAGCGCGUGGCCUGGUUCCUCCCGCCGCAGCCACCUCCUCCAGUUCCUCCUCCACGCCUCCAACCGGCUCGACCUCCGGCCCAUCGUCAAGUACUCCGCGCUCUCGUUCUUCGACGGACGCUUCCUCCCCGCGCUUCCGAGGAAGAUGGGGUUCUGCGGCGCACGAAGUGGACGGGCCAUCAGGUCGUGGCUGAUCGAGCCCCUCAGGGACAGCAACCUGGAGCUCUUCGCGCUCGUCGCGGUGUGGAUCGCCAGCAAGAUCCAUGAGAUGAGGCCACUGUCGGUGAAGAGCCUCAAGGCGCUCAGCGACCGCAUCAUCGCCGACCAGCAUUUCACAUGCCGUGAUUUCGCGGAUGCUGAGCUGGUGUUCAUGGAGGUAGUGGGUUAUAAUGUUGGGUGUUCCAACAUUGCUUUCAUAUACCUGGAGCAGCUUCUCAUUCAGUUCAGGGAAAUAUCGAAGUUGGGUGAUCUUUUAAGUAUGGAUGUGUGCAUGGAAAUUUUGGAUGUUCUUUAUGAGACCGAAGAUACCUCAUGGCUUUUUGACUUUCCCUGUCCACUUGCUGCUUCAACUCUUGUUACUGCAUAUGUUAUGUCAGUUCCUAAGCAGACAUGGGAGUUUCCAAUCCUUCCUUGGGAUCUCUCCUUGAUCCUCGUGUCCAUGUGGCACUCACCAAUUUUCUUUCCAUUCGAUGGUUAUGAUGACAUCAAGACUCUUGGAUUCUGCUUUUGUCUUCCUGCAAUUGUAUAA